AGAGUCCACUAGGAUGUGCUGCCCCACCUCUGUCUCGCUCAACGGCCUUCUUGUGUACCGCAAUGUUGUAGUCCUCCUCGACUUUCUUCAUCUCAUCGACCUUUUUGGGAGCCCCGCCGUGCAUCGCCUGCGUUACUGGAAGAGUUAACCCCUCUCCUCUUUUCUCACCGCGAGACGAGAACCUCUGCGUUCUUUUGCGUGUGUCCUUUUUUUAAUCUCGAUCUUCCUUUCCUCCGCCUUUCGACGCUUCUCCUCUCCUCUCCUCUCUGCGUGUGUGUAUGUGCGUGCGUGUGUUUGCUUCUUCUUUCCUGUAUCCUGCGCUUUUACGCUGACAACAACAACAGCAAGUAUGUGUAACGGGACGUAAUGAUGUCCAAGGAGGAAGGGGCUCCGUUCUUGAGGCGUGAAAGGGGGGAGGAGAGAGUCGGCCAUCCACGCGUGCGUGCGCCACCUUAAAGGACUCGCAAGAAUCCGUGGUCUUCUUGUUCUCGUUGGGGUGGUGAAGAGAAGGGGAGGGAGUCCUCGUGUGUGUAUGUGUGUGGCGAGCGGAGAGACGUGCGGGAGGUGAAGGGAGGUGCCGAGUCGGAGAAGGGGAGGAAGGCGUUGAGUGAUGAUUUCUUUUUUUGUCUUCGGCACGCUGAUCGUUCCUGCCGUCGCUGACUUGGGCGUUCACUGUCAUUUGCAGGAGACUUCGUUGCAACGAAUACGCCGCCUUCGCGAAGAGGCAUGCAGAAGAAAGUAAUACUUCAUGAAUGAAAGGGAUCUGUAAAGGGCGUAAUCGCGGUGCGUGACGGCCUAAACACGCCACUGGGCACACGCAGGCACCGCUGUGGAUGUGUCUGCGCCUGUUCGGAGGGAGGAGGGGAGUGGGGAGAGAAAACGGAGAUGGGAAAGGGACGAGGGUUACGAGCAGCAACGGAGCACCAGCUUCUUGACGUAUGGACGGAGUAGAAGGGAGCGAACGGCCACUAAUGCGUCAAUGAAGGAAUCACAGAGAAAGGGAGAGAGGGUGUGGGGAGCUUCGAUUGAUUGACUCUUGAAUACAUGCCGGAGCGUUUGCUGGGUGCGAAUGGCUCCCACUCUGGGGGGGGGGGGGACGUCUCUUUUGGUUGCCGUAGUGGGCUACGUUUUAAGCGGUCCGGUGCGUUCUCUCAUUUUCACCACAUUAUUAUUGUUGACAUCGGUGCCCGAGCACGAUCUUCGUUGUAUGUCGCACCUGAUUCGACUACUGCAUAGUCCUUUCUUUUACAUUUGCUGGAAUGGAAAAUCUAUCUGACGUUUACCAAAGUGGUAUGCUUUUUUUUUUCUUUUUGAAAGCUGCAACAAACUCUCUGUUCCUCUCUGCUCAGCCACGGUGAAGUACGACUAGUUUAACGGCAGUUUCUGCUGCUAACUUUACGGCGUAUUCUAACAACAAACAAAAAGGAACGCUGCGAGUGAGAUGACGGUGUGGCGGUUGCGUUGAUCGGCGUAACACCUGUUUACACUUCUAUGACGAGGCAGAAACCUCAAUUACUCUCUUUCCAACACAUAAUCCUUUCUUCCCUGAUUGUAUGGCCUGCUUUUCUGAAUUUCGCACACACACACACACACACACACAGGGCGAACAGACCUUUCGUUUUUUUUUUCUCAUUGCCGCAACACAACAGCAAAGAGGAGCCAGCUUCCACUUCGCAUUCUUUAUUCUUUCGCCGCGUAUUUUCGUUGUCUUCUUCAACUCUUCACUCCUCUUGUUCUGUUGGUGACUUCAUUUGCUCAAGUGUUGCUCCUUGUCUUGCCCUUUUACUCUUUUGCCUCUCGUCCACCGUGAAACACGGCUAGACCUCCACGUCAACGGUGCUGCGCGCUCGAAAACUGAAAGAGAAAGAAACAAUGCGAGCUACGUAAAGAGCUGUUCGGAAGACCAUGUGAUUCUGUCUGUAAUCUGGACCGCUUUAUCAGGUAUUCGGGGUGUCACGCACCGCCCACGUCAAUGUGAAGUGCCACUUCUUUGGUUUCUGCGUUGCACAUUCUAAAUUGACAGCUGCUGGAACUUUUUUCUUUUCUUUUCUGAUUGUUGUGGAAGUCAGCGGCACCGCCUUUCAAUCGACUUGUUGAGGUGUCUCUUGCGCUCCUGAGAACGUAGCCUCCGUGUAGUCGGAGUACACCGGAGUGUCACGUUAUAAUCGUUUAUUUAUUAUUGUUGUUGCUCCUCUCGUUCGCGUGGCAGACAAUUGACUGUAGAGACGCAACUGCGGUGAACGGUGUUUUGCCCUCUUCGCUUUCUUCUGUAUUAUCUUGCUAGCAUUCCCUUGCUUAUUGACUUCGAGUCGUCGUCCCUGCUGCUGCACUUUGCAGUGUCUUUCCCGUCCCGUUCUCACCACAAAGCUGCCCUAUUCUGGAUAUCUUUUUUCUCUGUUUCUGGGUUUCCAUAGCGAACUCCUCACGAACCGCCGCAUCGCGCUUUGUGUCCUCUCUCCUGUUUCACCCUCCCCCCUUCUCAGUAGGAGGAGUUUUCUGUUUGUAAUCGUGCUCGUCGCACACCAUGUCUCUCAACCCCCGAAGUGACCCCGCACGUGCAGCUGACUCUCCUAGCCGCGAUGUCGCUGAGGCGCCUGCUUUUGGUGAGCGGGACGCCGUACGACAAACGAAGGACCCAACUACCGCAACAGCAGCAGGGGAGAGCUCUACGAGCCAACCGCACAGCAACCUCAAGAGCAACAACACACCCACCAGAGAUGACCCACGUCGCGAUGCCGGCAACAUGCACGUCACCUUUGACAGCGUCGACGAGGCCGCGGGUGGGCCAGCGAAGAGGUCCGACUACGCCAACUUGCAUAUCCAAGCGAACAGCGGCAGCUUCGGCCCUAAUAAUAAUAACAACAGUUUCUUCACCAAUGGCAGCAUUCUACGCAACGCCAGCGGUCUGCUGCAAGCGGGCGUCGGCGGCGACAACCCACCCGCGUCGUCGCCGCUGCAGCUGCUGUACCAGAGCUUUGCGAACCCCAUCAGCGAUGCACAGGCGAUCGAGAACGCGGUGCGCGAGACUCUCGGGCAGCAUUCGACGUGA